AUGCACGUCACAAGCAACGUCAGUACCGCCACCACCACAUCGGUGGUGGUUGGUGAGAAGCGUCCGGGCUGCGAGCAGAAGGACGCCGGCCAGGACACGCGCAAAGUGUCUAGCUUCAUCCAACGAUUCUACUUCUUUGGCAACCGGUCAGCGCCGGAGGAGAUUGCUAAAGCAGGCUCCCAGGAAAUCAAGACAGAAAAGACCCGGUCGACGGAACUGUCCAUCGGUGUGCCGAGGUCAUCGAAAAACUGGCGCGGUGGCGCAGGAGUAGACCAGUCCCAGUCAUCCUCGGACUCUUCGCCCGAUUCGCCCGCACCGUAUCCAGCGUACAGUGUGCAGCGAUUGCGUCAGUUCUGGAACAACCGCUUGCUGGCCGGGUCGACCGCUAGUGGGGCGACCGUCGACACGCUGACGAGGAAGGCCAAAAGUGCCACCAUCGGUGCGCCGGUGGCAUCCCGCGCCAUCCACCGGAAGUCACCGUCCCCGAGGGCCUCGUACCGUUCGUUCCAGCGCAACGGGUCGAUCGGACGCUCCGGGAAGCGCCAUUCGCUACUGACUGCUGUCGCCGAUCCGCAGCUGUCGGUGGAGAGCGUGGCCGGCCACAAGCGAUCCUCGCAGACGGCUGUGCUCAGCCCCGAUCGGAGCACACCGGUGAUCGUGGAGAAACGUCAGUGUGUCGGAGCCACGGCCACUGGGGCCACCGGCGGCACCGUUCGUCGUUCGUUUCCGCUGGCUACGGCAACCCCGGCGGGCAACCACAUACACUGGGCCCGCCGGACCGAGCUGCUUGGUAUUCGCGCUCUGACGCGCGAAGAACAGGAGCCGCAGCGUGACAAAAUGCCCCUGCGGGUGGAAAACUACGUCAACAACUUCAUCGACGUCGACAUCCAGAGUGUGACCACCGGAGCGGUGGAAGAUGAGGUGCCACCGGUGGCGGCGGUGGCGAUGGCGACGGAGGAGCCCAGCCCGGUGCCGGUCACCCUUCAACCGAGUGCUUCGCCCACCCGGAAGGGCAACACGCCGACGCGCAAGAUUAGUUUCCUGAACAACGGUUCCCCGUACCGGCGGCGGCUGAUGGCCGGCAACGGCACGAAGGUGGCCGCCCUGACCAGCAAGUUCAACCAGAUGAUCCAGCAGGAUGCCCGGUUGCUGGAGGAGGUCAAGAAACGGGGCGGCUACAUUCACCGGGCCGGCAACGUGGCCUACAAGGUGCUGGAAGAUACCCGCAGCCUGGGGGCAUCCGGGGCGUUGGCGGCCGAUGGGUACGGGAGUCUUUCCGCACGCAACACCUCGGGCCGUUCGAGUUUGCGCAAGAAGUCUUCGUCCGCCUCCAACGCCGAUGCCGACAGCUCCGACGAGGUGGCGUCGGGGUCAAGCAAAAGCUCGUCGCUCCGCCGGACCGGCGUCCGGAAGCGGCCGAGCCUGCGGAAGAACAUGUACCGGCGGCCCGACUGGGCCGAGACGGGCCGCAGCUCGCUCGGGGUGCGCAAGGUGCUGGAGAUGUUCGAACCGCACCGGAACAGCACCAAGACGGACGCCACCAGCCAUGGUGACACGGGCAAACCGCCACCGGGCCGGGGUAAGCCGAAGGUGCCGGACAAAAGCGAACAGGUGCUGCUGCUGGCAACGACGAAGGAACAGUCGAAGAGGGUUCAAGCACAGGAGGGCGAAAGUGCCGAGCCAUCGGCAACGACGGAAGAACCUCCAGAAGGAUCUACCGAUCCGAUGCCAUUGGAAGGCGAGAUGAUGGAUGCCACAGAUGGUCAGGCGGCAGAGGAGCCCUCCCGGAGUUCUGCCCCGACACAGGAACCGAUCGAAGAAGUGAUCACGCUUCCAAGUACCCCACCGAGUGACGUGGGGCCGCCGAUCGCCGAAGUGAAGGAGAAGAAAAAGAGUAAAAGCACCGUAUCGAAGAUCUACGAACGGUUAACUUUUCGCUCAUCCAGGAAGAUACAAAUCGAGCCAACGGUGCCGGAUACCGAGGGUGACUCAGUUCCGCCGGCGCUCCGGGACUCCCCGGAGCCCGCACCAAAGGAGGCUCGCCGAUCGUUUGUUUCGUCCAUCGAAAUUCCAACGAUCGUGAUCGAAGAAAACCCGGUUCCGGAAGUGGCUGAUGACGCCUCGGAGCAGAAGAUCCUCGAAGCGAUCAGCAGGGCCAGCCAGCGGAUCGAGAAUCUGUCGAAAAGCUUCAACGAUCUGUCGCUCGCAAACGGCGCGCCGGCACCAGUGGCUCAGGAAGUGAAGGUGAAGGAGGAAAGUGGCCUCCAGGUGCGACCGAAUGCCUCGUUCCUGUUCGGAAGCGCCCACGCUAGUCAGCGGAACAUUGCCGAGGCCGUCAACACGGUCGUGAUCAACAAGUCCGUUUCGAUGGACGAUCAUCAGUUUCCGUGCUUCCGUGGGACCACCGGUCGGCAAAGUCUCAACGAACGUACCUUAACGCAGCGCGGCCAUCCGGAGAACGACUACGAGCUGGUUACGCAGCCCGACGACAGCGGCGGGACAGUGGGUUCGGCAUCCAUUUCGAGCCCAUCGAUCGAUCUGGUGGAGCUAACCACCAAGAUUGAAUCGUUUAUCCACAAAUCGAAACGAGACUCGGACAACCUCUACCAGUGCAUUGCGCGGAUAGGGGCGGACCGGGGACCGGACGAUACCGUCAGUGUGAACAGCUACGAGUCAUUCGAGAACUAUGAAUCCAUCGAGCACGGUGCACCGGACGGGUGCACUCAGGCGGCGCGCGAUGAAGACACGUACGAAAUAUGCAGCCCUCCACCACCGCCGCCGCCUCCGGCACGGGAUGACCCUCCGCCGGUGGCGGUGGGCGGGAGCAACGAUCUUACACUGCCCCAACCGAAGCGCAAUCUGUCGGCGUCGCCCAAAACGCUACCGAAGCACCUGCAGGUGACGUACCAGUCGAACUACGAGAGGAUCAAGUACAGCAAGAUCCCACCGCGGCCACCGAAACCGGACGACAUUCCGUUGCCGCCGCGCAACAACCCCUCGGUCGGUGCGCCGACGCCCUGCACCACUCCGGUGGGCGUGGGCGAUCCGACGAAAAGUUUCCCUGUCCCCGAGUGUGCCUCCGAGGUUCCGAGUGGAGAUUUGCUAGACAAAUCACCCCACGGACACAUCUACGAGGAGAACAUUUACGACACGAUUCGCAGCGCCGACGAUGGGCUGGAUUACGACGAUCCGGCCAGCAUUGCUGGCGCCGACUCGUCCGGUGAGCCGGAGGGCAGCCUCUCGGAGGGCGUACCUCCGUCCUCCGCUGGACGAUCGACUCGACCGCAGCAGCAGCAGCAGCAGCACCAUCAGCAGCAACGGCCACAGCAACAGUCUCCCACCGGAGACAAUGUGUCGUUGGUGUCCUCCAACUGUUACGAGUCAAUCGGCAGCCGGAUCGAGUACGUGCGCCAGCUGGCCCUUCACCACCAGCGGAUUGGUGGGUCCACGACGACGCUGGCCUCCGAUCAGAUCACCAACAGCCUGUACGGCACGACGGGCGGGCUGCUACCGAGCUUGACCCCCCCGAGCGAACGGGGUAGCGACACGAGCAACAACAGCGCGGAAUGGACCGACAUUUCCGAUGACGAUUACGGGACCGUCACGACACCCGGCGGACUGCUAGUGCCGCCGGCCGGCUCGAAGCGGCCAAACUUUAUUGUCGUACGCGAACGGAAGCGGACGCACCACACACCGUUAAGGUCGCGAAAAGUGGCGCGCAUCUCGCACACGAAGAUAGACGAUGAUUCCGAUCACCACUAUGAGUCACUGUACUCGAUCGGAUCGAACGACUACUACCCCCACCACCGACCGGAUGGCGAGCGAUUGCGGGUUACCGGGACCGACGGUGUAACGAGUGGCCACCAGGUCAACUUCCACGAGCACCGCGGGGUCCCUACUGCAGCCGGAUCACCCCAAGACCCGGCGGCACUGCUGUCCAACGACGACGAGUUCGAUUCGUUCGAUUCCGACGAUAGCGACGACGGCGACGACGAGAGUCACCGGAACCGUACCGACAGUGGCGUCGACAUCCGGAACGCCAAGCUCCCGGAUCCACCAGCCUCCGCCAGUCAGGUCUACGUGCUGGUACAAAAGAUCAAGAGUCUGGGCAGCACCCUGUCCAAGUCGGAGAUCGCGAAGGGCUUCAACAAAUUCUCGAAGCGGAAACAGCAGCCACCGCCACCAGCCAAGGCCACCGGAGUGGCCACUUACGAGAAUGCCAUCCUGCCACCGAAACCAUCCUCGAAGGUGGCGAAAGCGAAGGCGUCGGCGUUCAAGCUGCCGCUCCCUUUAGGCGGGACAGCCGCCGCCCCGAAGCCACCGCCGGAGGACUACGUCAACAGCGAGUUCGCGGUGGCCGGUGGUGGCGGGCGGCACACUCACUCACAUUCGUGCUCCUCGUUGCUGCCGUCGCCCUCUGCACCCAGCUCGCCUUCUAGUGGCCUUCCGGCGGCACCCCCGUCGUCGGGUGGGGCCGAUCUGCUCCUCCGGAGUACGAGCGAGUCGAGCAACGUGAGCACCGUUCCGACGGUGGCCAGUGGCGGCGACGGUGGCGCUCCGGUCCAAACGCCGAGCCGGACCAAAAAGCCCAAAAGCAGCAAAUCUUUGCGCUCGAAACUCCGCAAAAGCUUAGUGUCCGACGGCUCGACGAACCUCAACAUUGGCAGCUCGUUCAACGGUUCCCGGAGCACGUUCUAUGUGACCACCAGCGCCACCGUGGGUGGUGGCGCUUCCGGUGCGGACGUGGAUUCGGGCAUUUUCAACGGUCUCGAGGCCAGUUCGACAGGGCCAUUGCUAUCCGCUUCGUGCGAGGAUAGCCGCCGCCGGUCGAUCGCUUCGGUCGCGGGUGCUGGUGGUGGGCCAACGAAUCGGCCUACGAUUCCACCGCCACCACCCCCCUUGUCACCGGUGGCCUCACCUACCAUCGAAGGGACACACAAAUCGUGUGUCCCACACCCGGCGACUGGACCGAAGUUUCCGUCUCGUAAACUGGGAGCCACCUCAUGGUACGCCGAAUGCGGAGUGUUCCUGCAGUCUCCAUCACCGCCGCUGAAGGACGGACCGACGGUGCCGCCGAUGCUGGUGUCGCCAACGGCCACCACGAACGGUUCCUCGUCCGCGUCGUGGUACGCUGAGAUCUACCAAACGAGCGGUGCCUCCGUGGCCAGUUCGAGCGAAAGCUCAGGGGUGUCGACCGGCGGCGAGGGGGGUCCGGGAGACGACCACUCGCACAGUAUGUUCGUGAACGAACCGCUCUAUCAGAUCUACAACGCGGCCAAACUGGAGUCGAUCACGCGCGAUAUCGACGCCGAGAUUAACGGCCAGGCGGAGCUGUACGACGAUGGGUACGAGAAGAUUUCGGACCGCGGACGGGAAGGUGCGGACCGCGACGAUGAUGGUGGUGGCGGGGUUGGUAGUGGCGGUUCCAGUGGUGACGGAUCGACCGAUGGCAGCGAGUUCUCCGCUCACAAUGGUAGGCAUCACCGGCAUCACCAUCACCCGUCGCUUCGGAAACCAUCCCGACCGACGGCACUGGAACUGAUCGAACCGCACGUCGGCAAACUGCGAACGCUCUGGUGCGAGAUUCCGGAGGUGCGCAAUUCGGAGAUUCUGGCGACCCUGACGCCAACGGAGAAGCGAUUGCAGGAGGCCAAGUUUGAGAUACUGACGUCCGAGGCAUCGUACCUGAAGUCGCUCAAUCUGCUUCGGACACACUUCGUAAACCACCCGGCGUUCCGGGACGUGCGCAUCCUGUCGUCGGCCGAGCGCAAGACGCUCUUCUCGUCGAUCAUCCCCGUGCAGGAGUGUUCCGAUCGGUUGCUGUGCGAUCUGGAGAACUGCUGGCAGGACAACAUCAUGCUGCUCGGGCUGAGCCACAGCAUCUACAAGCACGCCGAGAAGCAGUUCCACGUGUACGUCACGUACUGCGAGCACCAGGCAAAGAUCGAUCGCACGCUGAAGGCACUGAAGGCCAACAAGCCCGAGUUUGCGAAAACACUGGCCGAGCUCGAGUCGGACUCGGUCUGCUGUAGCCUGAGCCUGUCCUCGUUCCUGAUGCUACCGAUGCAGCGGAUAACGCGCAUGCGCCUCCUGCUCGACGCGGUACUGCAGCGGUGCCGAACGGACGACGACGAGUUCGGGAGCUGGGAGAAAACGUUCGUCCUGAUCAAUCGCAUCCUGACGCGCUGCAACGAUGCCGCCCACCGGAGCGAGCAGGUGCACGAGAUGGAGCUGCUGUCGCGGCAGAUCGAGUUCCCGACCCACAUCCGCCCACUGCCGAUCGUACCGUGCGGCAUCGGAGCGGCGCCGAGCAGUAUGCACCGGAAGCUGGAGAAACGCGGCGAACUAGUCCACCUGCUGUGGCGCGGCGACGACGCGAAGCUAACGUUCGGUAAAAAGUUCUCCAAGAGCAACGUAUACGCGUUCCUGUUCACCGAUUUGCUUGUCCUGACCAAAAAGAAGAGUGAUGAAAGCUAUCUGGUGGUCGACUACUGCCAACGGGCACUGCUGGCGGUGAGUUCCGGGGACGUGGUGCCCGGACUGCCGGCGAAGGAAAUGCAAACGCUCGGUAAAAACCUCAUCAUCAUGACGCUGCUGGAGAACCACGAGGGAAAGACAAUCGAAAUGAUUGUUAGCUGCCCGUCGGAAACCGAGCGCGAGCGGUGGUUGACGGUGGCGGAACCGCCCGCUUCGGAGAACCCCGAGGAGAAGAUCUACGAGCAGUGGGAUUGUCCGCAGGUGAUCGCAGUCCACCCGUACCAGGCGCUGCAGCCGGACGAGCUCGAUCUCGACAUCAAGGAUGUGGUGCACGUGCAUCGCAAAAUGGCCGACGGUUGGUACGAAGGUGAACGCAUCCGGGACGGGGCCGUCGGUUGGUUCCCGAGCAACUACACGAAGGAAAUUCCGUCGCCCCACAUACGGGCCAAACACAUCAAGCAGCGCCACAUGCUGCUAACCUAUACCUCCAAAUACAUCGAUACUGCCAGCAAGGGCCACCACCAGCCGCAGCAUCAUCAUCAGUAUAACCACUACCAGCAGCAUCAUCACCAUCAUCAGCAUCAAGGGCAAAGCAAAAAGUGAUCGCUCCCGCAAGUGUUGCUCGGUCACCGCCAGAUGCAUUUGAAGAUCGAGUUGUGUAAAGUGGCGCGCUGUACAGUCGGCUGUUAAAGAGAAUGAUCGAAUACGGUUUUAGUCAGUUAGAAUGCAUAUAUACUUACUGUUAGUGUUUAGUGUAGAUAGGUUGUGUAAAUUUACUGCCUACUUGUUUCAUCUUAUCCUAUUUUCUAUUUUUCGUUGUUAUAUCGCAUGGUAAAUGUAUAUUGAA